AUGCUUACUGCUCACAUCCUCGCUCUCUCCGUUCUCGGCUCUGCGCUUGCGCUCCCCAAGUUCGGGUCGCGUCAGGACUUCACCGACGAAGACCUGUUCAACUCCUGCCCCGGCGGUCCCGGCUCGAGCAAGUUCGAAAAGGCGGACCGAUGCACCCUCGAUGGCCCUAUUGACAUCCCCAACGUCCGCCACUUCGUUGCUCUCGGCCAGCCCCAGCUCAACUGCGGCGGCGGCACGGACCCGAUCACCGUCACCCUCGGCGGCGAGAAGACAGUGUCGACGACCACGACAGUCGACGCCGACGUCGGCUUUGAGAUCGACGGCCUCUCCAUCGGUGGCGGCGCGUCGACCGAGAACUCGGAGAGCUCGACGAUGUCGAAGCAGGUCAGCUUCCAGAUCCCGCCGAAGCGCCAGGCGGUGUUCGUCGCGGGCCAGAACAACAAGGCGCAGAACGCGCGCGUGCAGGUCAACUUUGGCGACCGCCAGUUUGGGCACUUCAUCUGGUUCACGAGCACGAACGUCACGCGUCUGACGCCGAUCGACGGUGAUGUCGAGUUCGACGUGCACGUCUCUGACUGUGGUACGUCUUCAUCCCUAAUUCGUGCCCACUUUCAUGCGAACUAA